AUGCUGGCUUAUUGGGUUGUGAUGAUUCAUGGCAUUAUGCAAAUAAAAGUCGGACUAUCGUCAGAAAAGCUCUUCCUCGACGAUUCACCACUCCUGGAGCUUGUACGGAUUCAGACAAACGUUAUCUUCAAGGAAGGAGGCCAGGUUGCCGUAUUCGUAAAUAAUCCAAGCAAUAUGCAUCAUCGAGAGACAGUGCCAGAAAUUAUGAGGAUUCUUCGUCGGUUCGAAACCGCCAACAACAGCGUUGGAGCUGCAAGCACGCAUAUGUGGUUGUUGCCCUAUCUUCCUUAUGUUGGUGAAAAGGAACAUGGUUCAAUUGACUUCAAAUAUCGGUAUAUGCCAGAAUUCUUCAAACUACCGGAGUAUAGGCGGUGGAGUCACUUUGUAAAUCUUGGCGAUCAUGCCGAUUGUCUAGCUGAAAGGCCUUCGUGUCUACAAAAGUUUGUGUUUUCUACGGGUUUUCACAAUGCUGUCACCUGGACAGAGCGACUGAACUUACUGGAACAGUGGAGAAACAUUGCAAGCGAAUAUCGUCACCUUAACCUCACCGUCUAUGAAGACUUCUCGAUGUACUCAGAUCAGUUGCUAUCCAUCGUUCCUGUGACCCAACAGACAGUGUUUUUCGCACUGGUCUGUAUGCUGAUAGUGCUCGUUCUCUUCACGCCUUCUCCAGUCACCAUUGUGACGUCCUCCUGCUCGGUAUUAUCAAUAAAUCUCGGUGAGUCUAUGUCAGGUCUUCUUUCCGUCAUCUUGCUCUUGCGUGCUUCGUGCUAA